CGCUAUGUCACAACAUUGGAGUAAAACUUAAACUUUAUUGAAAAUCUUUUAGUUUUUGAGGUGCCAUAAAUUCAUGUAAUAAAAGUUGUUUAGUAAAUAUGUUUAAGGAUGAUCAAAUUUCAUAGUAAUAAUAUAAUAUGCCAAAAGUUAUAGAGUUAACAAUUCAAGUCGAUGUACAAAAGGUAUCAUGUCCAGGUGUAUGGUUAUGCCAGUCCGGUCGAGUGUCAUUAAUCGUGUUUGCACUCGGCACAAGCUAUCAGACAUGUAUGCUGCCGCCUGUCUUCCCGCUCAUGUUCAAAGAUGUCUUCUAUUUCCAGAAGCGAUUUCGGGAGACUUGUGCUCUCAACAAUAUUUGCUGUUUAUUAAAAAAUGAAACAAUAUAUUGUGAGUUGGUGCAAUGGGCUGAUAGCUGUGAUUCAGACAAAUGUAUGCUGUUAGCGCAAUACUUGGGCGCUCUUAAUGACAUCUUGUUCCCGCCCAACACUUGUUCCACUGAUGGAGUUGAUCUCCUCAUGCGAAGAACAAAAGGCUUUCCUGGAAUCUUAUCACCUAAGAUAGAGAUAUCUACCAAAGUUCGUAUUGAUGAAAUAUUAAACCAGAAGAAUAAAGUGACAAGUGGGCCAGUAUGUAACUGUGAGACAGUGCCUGAUUCAGACGGUUCUAGACAGAAACCUGUCUGUCAUUCUCCAUUGUACCAUAGGGCCAGGUGCUAUGGAAGAGGUCCAUUCACAAACGUCAGAUCGCGGUCUCGGUCAAUAGAGACGAAAUCUUGCGCCAGUUUUCAACCGAAAGAAUCGGGCUAUGUAUCAAACAUCUACCUCCCGGAUAGGAGGUUCCGGGGGCACUCGCGGUCCCCGCGGCGCUCCCCGGGCCGCGCGCGCCGCCCCUACCACGUCUACAACGUGGAGGCGAGCGCCACGCCCUGGCAGCCCGCCUCGCCCGCCAAUGAUGAUAAUAAAGAUGAAUAUGAUGAUAUCGAUUCAAGAACCAGUGAUCACAAUCUGAAGCUCGAGCCGGUGAAUGCGUUGUUACCCGAAGAGGAGCGCAUUCAGCGCCUGCUGGUGGAGAGCCGCUACAUCGAGGAGCCGCGCGGCGCGCGCGCCCGCCCGCACCGCCCGCUGCCCCGCCAGCCCUGCGUCUGCGACAUCUGCCUCAGGUACCACCAGCUGUUCCACUCCGACUCCGGUGAUAGUUGAUUCACAAAUAAUUUAUUAUUUCUAAGUAAUAUAAGAUGAAAUAUAGAUUUUUCAAAAAAAAAAAUUUUUUUUGUUAUAUUUUUUGUUGUAUUAUUUAGAAAAAUAAUGUUGUUUAUUAUUAAAUGAAAAGAUGAAUUGCAAUAUAACGGUGUGAAAAUACCUACUAAGUGAAGUUUGAAAAAAAACAAGAUGAAUUUUUUUUUUCCAAAAAAUUAUACAUUUUUUUACAAUUUACUUUGUAAUUUGUCUCCAACUUGUUGGGAAAUAAGCAAUAUGAAUAUUACUCGGGUAAUAAAAAUCAUAUGCAAUAGACAAGGAAUAAUUAUACAAAUUGAAUAAAAAUAAAUUAAGUAUCGAAAUAUAGAGUACUUGUAGAUACAUGAAAACUAUGUAGCUAAAUGCACACACAUUUUUGGGUGUUUUUGCAGAAAUUAUCAAACUAUAAUAAAAUUGCAAGCUUAUGUUAUUUUAAAAUGUGCAGAAUUUAACAGUAAAUCUAAACCACAAAAUAAUUGCGAAACUAUUAAAUCGAGAUUUAUAAGAAAGUAUUUAAAGAAAAAAUAUUAAAAAAAAAUUAUCA